AUGGCAACAGUUUUGGGCGGCUCAGAAUACCUCUUAAUGCACGCAAUACUUGGUACAGAAUUCUUCAUCGCAAAAUCGCCACCAGACAACUCCUCCAUGAACUUCAACCCUCUAUCUUCACCCCUUACUGUCAACUUUGUCGACCAGUUCGAUAUCGACGCCAUGGACAUUCUCCCAUCGAAAACAACCAACAUUUCCUCUUCUCCUGCCCAAAGAAAUUACAAGUCUGCACCACAGCAGCCGUCCACUACAUUGAUCCCUCAUUUGCUCACUUCUCUUUCCUUCACUAUUACGACAUUAUCAAGUUGCAACCACACAUAA